AUGGAAGCCACCUCAGAACACGACGGGGGUGGCAGCGGCGCCGGCGACUACGAAGCUCUCAUGGCAGCACUGAUGGCCAACAGGCAGCUGCUGGAAGCCAAGGUCGGCAUCAACAACGCAAUGUUCGCCGCCAGCGAUCUGGCCACGUCGCAGCUCGGCCAUUCCUUCGUCGUCGGCGGGUGCGAAGGGCAGAAGACCAUAGACGGCCAGCAGAUGCCACUGGUCCUGGGCCCGUCAACGAAAGGUGCGGGCGAAGGCGGCGGCGGCACCGGGUACGAGGCGCUCGUGGCCGCUGUGAAGGCCAAGAGGGAGUGGCUGGAGGACAAGGUGGUGACCAACAGCGCCAUUCUGCUGCGCGGCUUCGACGUCCGCGACGCGGCGGAGUUCGACGCCGUCGUGGAGGCGCUUGGGUGGCCGGACAUCCGGUACGUCGGCCCCGCGCCGCGCACCCACGUCCACGGCCGCAUCUGGACCGCCAACGAGGGGCCCCUCGAGCAGAGCGUCUACUUCCACCACGAGAUGGUGCUGAUCAAGGAGUUCCCGGCGAAGGUGAUACUGUUCUGUGAGGUGCCGCCGCCGGAGGGUGGAGAGACGCCGUUCGUGCCGAGCUUCCGGGUGACGGAGCGGGCGCUGGAGGAGUUCCCGGAGAUGGUGGGGGAGCUGGACGCCAAGGGGCUCCGGUACACGUUCACGGCGCCGAGCAACAACAACACCGGGUCCAUGAGAGGGAGAGGAUGGGAAGACGCUUUCGGCACGUCAGACAAGUCUGAAGCAGAGACGAGGGCAAAGUCACUGGGAAUGGGCGUGGAGUGGCUCGAGGACGGUGGCGUGAAGACGAUCCUGGGUCCCCGCACGCUGACCCACGUCUUCCCAGGGCACGAAGGCCGGAGGAUGUGGUUCAACACGUUGGUCGGGAUGCACGGCAAGGAGCUGAGCUCGGCCACGGCGGCUGACGGGGCCGAGAUCCCGGCGAGCUUCGUGCAGCGGUGCGAGGAGAUCAUCGAGGAGGAGAGCAUCCAGUUCCGUUGGCGCAAGGGCGACAUCCUCAUCCUCGACAACCUCGCCACGCUACACGGCCGGCGGCCGUCGCUGCCGCCUAGGCGGGUUCUCGUCGCAACUUGCAAGUGACGCGCUGAUAAGUUCUUUUUAUUUAUUGAUCAGAACUCCCACAUAUGCCAUGUGGCGCAUCCAAG